AUGCCUCGCCUAUCAACAGACGAUGCUGCCGAACCCAGAGCACCAUCAUCGUCCAAGACGCGCCUAUUUGGCCGCAAAAAGGCCCGACAGAGCGAUGUAGACAGGGAGGAGGGCGAGGCUCUGCUGGCGGGCUCCGAGCUCGAGGAAGCUGAGGAGGCUCAGCUGAUUGAAGCUGCGGUACGUGAAAUCUAUAUCUGUCGCGCUCUCCCCAUUGACGCGGGGCAACAGGCCUUGACAGCCAGUGCUGUGACUGGCUCGAGGGUGAUCCCAAUACCGACUUCAGCGACAAAUGUUGUCCGCAACCAAAAGUACAGCGUUAUUACCUUCCUCCCGAUCGUCUUCUACGAGCAGUUCAAGUUCUUCUUCAACUUCUACUUUCUGGUGGUCGCACUGAGCCAGUUCAUCCCGGCAUUGAAGAUCGGAUAUAUCGUGACCUACGUCGCACCAUUGGCGUUCGUGUUGGCCGUCACCAUGGGCAAGGAAGCCUAUGACGACUACUGUCGUUACUUGCGAGAUCGCGAAGACAACUCGAGCCGAUACCUGGUGCUCCUCCCGCACACGGACUCGGCCCAAGGCUCCAACACACCUGAAGCAGAUUUACCUCGCCCCCAAACAAGAUCCACGCCGUCGUCAGCCAUCAAAGUGGGCGACAUGAUCUUGCUUGAGAAGAACCAGCGCGUCCCGGCCGACAUGGUCCUCCUCGUGACAAGCGAAGAGGAGGGAUCGUGUUUUGUUCGCACCGAUCAGCUCGAUGGCGAAACCGACUGGAAGUUGAAGAUUGCUGUUCCGGAAACCCAACAGUUGCGGGAAAAGAAGGUUGGGGGUCUGGAAGGCAGCCUGUACGCCGACCCUCCCAUCAAGGAUAUCCACACGUUCUAUGGCGUGCUGAACAUCAAGUCCACAGACCCAGGGGCAUAUGAAGAGAAGUCUAUUCCGCUAUCUGUGGAGAACAUUCUUUGGGCAAACACUGUCCUUGCCGCCGGCUCAGCUGUGGGCCUGGUGGUGUACACCGGAAACGACACCAGGGCGGUGUUGAACACCAGUGAGCCAGAAACGAAGAUCGGAACCUUGGAAAAGGAAGUCAACAAGAUGGCCAAGGUAUGUCACGUCUUCGCGGCGCUGUCGCUGAUUUUUCAGAUUCUCUGUACCGUAACGUUCGCUCUGUCCGUCUUUCUCGUCGCUUUGAACGGCUUCCGAGGGCAGUGGUAUAUCUACGUCUUCCGCUUCCUCAUUCUCUUCUCGUCCAUCAUCCCCAUCAGCCUCCGAGUCAACCUAGACAUGGGCAAAACGUUCUACGCACACCAGAUCCAACACGACUCGGAAAUUCCUGGCACUGUUGUUCGAACCGGUACUUUGCCCGAGGAGCUAGGACGAGUGGAGUAUCUCCUCACCGACAAGACGGGCACCCUUACGCGCAAUGAAAUGGAACUGAAGAAGCUUCACAUGGGCACCGUCGUGUUUGCCUGGGAUGCAAUGGACGAAGUGGCUCACCUUCUUGCCCAGGCCUUCAGUGAAGAGCCGCAGCGUCGACAGGGCUCAAUGGGACCGGGAAUCGGCAAUCGCGGUCGCCGCGAUAUCUCUGCUCGCGUUCGGGACGCCGUUGUUGCGUUGGCUACAUGUCAUAAUGUGACGCCUGUCACAAACGAUGAUGGCACGGUGACCUACCAAGCAUCUUCGCCCGAUGAGGUCGCGAUUGUCGAAUGGACAGAGUCUGUCGGUCUGACUCUCGUUCACCGCGACCGCACGAGCAUGACUCUGCGCUCCAAGGGAGGCGAAACGUUGACAUUCGACAUCCUUUCACUAUUCCCCUUCACCUCCGAAUCGAAACGCAUGGGUAUCAUCGUGCGAGAGCGGGAACGUGGAACGACGACAUUUGUUCAAAAGGGAGCAGAUGUGGUCAUGUCUCGGAUCGUUCAGAAGAAUGACUGGCUCGACGAGGAGUGCGGCAACAUGGCCCGAGAGGGACUACGAACCUUGGUGCUGGGCAGGAAGCGCCUAUCCGAUGGAGCCUACGAAGAGUUCGACAAGCGCUACCGCAGUGCCCAGCUCUUGGCAGGCGACGAGCGAGCAGAUGCAGUUCAAGCGGUAAUCACCGAAUGUUUGGAGAACGACCUCGAGCUCCUAGCUCUGACUGGUGUUGAGGACAAGCUGCAAGAAGAAGUCAAGUCCACCUUGGAGUUGAUGCGUAACGCUGGCCUCAAGAUUUGGAUGUUGACCGGAGACAAGAUCGAGACGGCUACCAACAUCGCAGUUUCCAGCAAAUUGGUAUCCAGGAACCAGUAUAUCCAUCAAGUUGCAAAACUGCGAACGGCUGAUCAGGUCCGCGAUAUGCUCGAUUUCCUCCAUGCCAACUUUGACUGCUGUCUCGUGAUCGACGGCGAGUCUCUCCAGCUUUGUCUGGACAAGUUCCGUAAUGAGUUUAUCAUGUUGGCAACCCAGCUUCCAGCUGUCGUCGCUUGUCGAUGCUCGCCGACACAGAAGGCGGACGUCGCCAAGCUCAUUCGCGAGUACAGCAAGAAGACCGUUUGCUGUAUCGGCGAUGGUGGUAACGACGUCAGCAUGAUCCAGGCAGCGGAUGUCGGCAUUGGUAUUGUGGGCAAGGAGGGAAAGCAAGCUUCCUUGGCGGCCGACUUCUCCAUCAACCAGUUCUCAUACCUGACCAAGCUCCUGUUGUGGCAUGGACGCAACUCUUACAAGCGAUCGGCCAAGCUGUCACAAUUCGUCAUCCACCGUGGUUUGAUCAUCUCCGUCAUUCAAGCCGUGUUCAGCUCCAUCUUCUUCUUUGCCCCCAUUGCCCUUUAUCAAGGCUGGCUCCAGGUUGGAUACGCGACAGUCUACACCAUGGCGCCCGUGUUCUCGCUGGUCCUUGACCGGGACGUUAGCGAGGAUCUUGCCCUUCUGUACCCCGAGCUCUACAAAGAGCUGACCAAGGGUCGGGCCCUUAGCUACAAGACCUUCUUCACCUGGCUCACGAUCAGUGUCUAUCAAGGUGGCAUCAUCAUGCUCCUGUCACUACUGUUGUUCGAAUCCGAGUUCCUCCACAUCGUUGCGAUCUCGUUUACCGCACUGGUCAUCAACGAAUUGAUCAUGGUCGCCCUCGAGAUUACCACCUGGCACAUUUACAUGGUUCUGAGCGAGCUGGGUACAGCCAUGGUGUACUUUGGGUCAAUGGUCGUGCUGCCCGCCUACUUCGACAUGAACUUCGUCCUCUCCAAGCAGUUCGCCUACAAGGUGGCUGUCAUUGUUGCCAUCUCUAGCUUCCCACUCUACGUCAUUAAAGCGUUGCAUCAACGAUUCAACCCCGCGGCCUACGCAAAGGUCUCUGGUGUCUAG